AUGGCAGCCAACGCAAAUCCUCAUACAACGUCCUUCAUCAAUAGCUCUGGCAAGCCCUCAGAGUGGAGGAAGAAAGAGCAAGUGCGCCGUCAACAUCAGCAUGCUGCCAGUGUAGCACACCAACGGGGACAGAGGAAGAGACUGCCACGGUCGCAGAGCCAUCCUGCCCCUGCUGCCAGCUCUACCGCUCUGACAACUCCAGCGCCUCGAUCAGAUCUCAGUGGCAGCCUAUUCGAUCCCUUCGAUGCCUUUUUUGUGAACAAUCUCUCUGUACAUGCGCAGAAGAUGUUUCAAUCCGCCAUCAUCGAUCAAUGGCCGUCCUUUGCAUUGUCAAGCAGAAAACAAGACAUCGACAGAUGGCGAUCCUUCACGGUCAAACAUGCGCUUGAGUCUCCAUAUCUGGUGCCGGCAAUCGCCUACGCAGGGUCUUCCUAUUGCUAUUUCUUUGGAUCCCGGGACCCUGCUGCAAAAUUUCAUCGCAUCAAUUUCUAUCACGAAACCCUGAGACAACUUCGAGAGGCGAUGCUCAGACCAGACAGUCAAUGUGGGGAUGCGAUGCUUCUGGCAGUCGCCAUCCUGACCAUCCACGGCCCUCCUAACGACAUGCAAGCGCAAACCCUGGUAGACUCUCAGCAGUUGAGAGAUUACGAGUAUUACGGCAGCAAAGUAUGGGAACCUACUCACUUUCAGGCCUUGUUGUCCCUGGUGAAACAGAGAGGGGGACUGCACAAAGUCGGCAUCAACUCUCUAGCCGGCAUCAUCAUGACGAUUGAUAUUGCUGAUUCGCUUUCGGUUCUGAGGGCACCUGCUUUCCCUCUCUUCUUCCCUCCGAGCCCCGUACUCCAGGCUCUCCGCCAGUGCCGCAAGCCUGACAAGCCCAAUUCCUGCCACGGUUUUCGGUUCCUGAGGAAUAGGCACCUUGGUCGACGACUUCUGUCGAUCAUUGAGGACGUCGACGCCUUACUCGACGCUUAUGACACCGUCCUGACAGACCCUGGUUCUAGUAUAGAUUUUGGGCAAUUAGUCGCGGCGUGGCGCAUUUUGCAGCACCAAGCACUGUCACUGCCAAGUGGCGAGGAUCUCUUGUUCAACCUAUGUCGGGUCGCGAUCAUAGUUUUUCUAGUCGAAUGCCUCGAGCCUUUGCCAGUCAUUGGCGCUUUCCACCGCAACGGUUCACGAAGGCUGAUGCUGUUGAUUGACGAGUGUGAUAAGCGAGAGUAUUGGCAAACGUCUUCGAAUACGAUGCUCUGGGCAACUGUGGUCGGUGGUUUCGUCAGCCGCGAGACGCCUCUUCGCUUGUGGUACGUCGAACAGCUUCGUGGAAGUCCAGUAACGACGACUGCAGAGCAUUGGGACAAGGUUUUGCACUUGGCGGAGGCGUAUCUUCCAUUCAGACAUCGACAAGCGCAAGGUUGUCAACAGUUCUGGAGCGAAGGAUGCAGUCGGCUGGCGCUCGCCGAUCCAUAUCUGAGAACAAGCUAA